AUGGAGACAAUAGCGCACCAUUACUUCACUGCAAGUGCUCCACCACUCGCACCAACGCCCCCUGUGCCACUUGGGUCGCAGCGACCCCCCCGCCCACGCUCACUCCAACCACAAAUGCACUCCUCUGCCCUGCCGGCAACCCACAUCGAAGGGAGGGGGGCGACCCACGUGCAAGCGAGGGAGAGAAAGGAGGUGGAGGCAGUGGAGGAGGAGGUGGAGGAGGUGGAGGAGGAGGUGGUGGAGGAGGUGGGGGAGGAAGAGGAUGAGGAGGUGGAGGGGAUGGAUGGAGAGGAGGAGGGGGGGGGGGGGGGGGGGGGGGGGGGUGAGAGAGAGACCUUGACCAAUCGGAGGGGUUGA